GACGCGAGUUUCACUAUUUGCACAGAUUCAUCUCGGCGUUAGCAGCUCGGGGCUAGCUGUUCAAGGAAAUAACUGCUACCGCGGUGAAGAAAACACAGGAACAGCUGAACAUGGCUGAAGUUGAACAACACGGAGAGCAGGACAUUGAAAAGAAGAUUGAAGACACGAGAGAGAGAUUUAAGAAUGAGUUACUUCAAGAUUCAGCAGAGAAGUACGACUCCAGAGACGUGGAAAGACUUCAGACAGACGAUGCCCUGGUGGAGGGCUACCUGACAUGGAGGCUCUACAAUGUAGACGAUGCUUUGAAAAUGAUAGAUGAAAGUCUGCAAUGGAGAAAGGAGUUUGGUGUUAAUGAUAUUACUGAAACCAGUAUCCCCAGAUGGAUGUUUGAGACUGGCGCUGUGUACCUCCAUGGAUAUGACAAAGAGGGAAACAAACUUUUUUGGUUCAAAGUGAAGCUGCAUGUGAAGGAUGCAAAAACAAUCUUAGACAAGAAGAAGUAUGUAGCCUUCUGGCUAGAGAGGUAUGCCAAGAAGGAGCCAGGCAUGCCACUUACUGUUGUGUUUGACAUGACAGAAUCUGGCCUCAGCAAUAUAGACAUGGAUUUUGUGAAGUACAUCAUUAACUGCUUUAAGAUAUAUUAUCCAAAAUUUUUAUCCAAAAUGGUAAUUGUGGAUAUGCCUUGGAUUAUGAAUGCUGCUUGGAAGAUUGUAAAGUCAUGGUUGGGACCCGAGGCAAUCAGCAAACUCAGAUUUGCAUCUAAAGCCGAGAUCCAGACAUAUAUAAACCCGGAGUACCUGCCACCUUCCUUGGGUGGAAUGGAUCCAUUCCAGUAUAGUUACCCUCCUCUUCCUGAUGAUGAUUUCCAAACACCUCUUUGUGACAAUGGUCCAAUCCUCAGUGAAGAGGAAACAGAAGGUAAAGAGGGAGAAUUGGAAGUUAAAGAUGCUCUGGAAUCCAGUUUCAACUCAGAAGUUGCUGUAAAACCCAAAAAGGUGAACUUUGUAGAGGACAGUCUGAGGUCAGAGGAAGUGGAAAAGGGUGGAGAAACAAACACUAGAACCAGAGGAGCCAGGAAACCAGAGACUACCUUCAAAGGCCCUCUGCUGGAUGUUAGUCCUGCAGAGGAGCUCAGUUUCGGGUCUGGAGAAACAGAAAAGAAAAGCCUCAUUAUUUUGAGCAACGUGACCAAAAAUCAAGUGGCCUUUAAGGUGCGGACAACUGCCCCAGAGAAGUACCGGGUUAAGCCCAGCAGCAGCAGCUGUGAACCUGGAGCAUCGGUGGAGAUAGUGGUGUCCUUACAUGGAGGCUCCCAGGCUUCCCCUCAAGACAGAUUUCUCAUUAUGGCUGCUGAAAUGGACAACGCAAGCUCACAAGAACUCACACAGUUUUGGAAAGAAGUACAAAAAACUAAGAUCAUGGAGCACAGGUUGCGUUGUCAUCUCUUGGAGAGUAUGAAACCCCCUCUAAGCCCACUCAGAGACAGCCCACUGGAGAGUAUAUGCAGCGGACAGCCAGACUUUGGCACGACGCUUAUGAGAGUGAUGGCAGCUAACCAGCGCAUGGAGCUAAAGCUGAACACGUGUCUCUGGGUGCAGAAGGUCCUGGUGGGGCUGAUCUUGAUCCUGGUCACACUAAACCUGCUCUGUCUGUACCUGCUGGGCACCGGUCAACAGCGGCCAUCUUGACCUCGGUAAAACCAGCGGCUGGACCGGUCGCCCAAAGAGUUUGGAGCGGGGCCUGUUUGAGGUCACCUGAGAGAAGGUUGUCCUGCCCUGGGAGAACGGGAGCUGCCACGCCCUCACAGCUGUCCCCGCAGACUGUUGCCAUAGCGACGAGGGCUGUAGGGGCAAGUGAGUUGUCAUGGAGCCACUGCGCAGAGAUCUGUCUUAUCAGGCACUUGAGCGUAAUUUAAAACCUAACAUUGUAAAAUCAUUAAGCUAUUCCCAGGCCCUAAUCAAAGAAGAUAAACAUAUUUAUUUCUGUUACAUUAUGUUUCAAAGAUUAGCUAUUUUUGCGAUUAUACUGUACACUUUUAUAUGAUGCUAACUACAGUACAAAAUAAACCGUUUUUAUGUA